CUAAACCAUCAAUUGAUAGUUCUCAAGUAAAACCAGGCAAAGGUGGUCCACAGUUUCAAUAAUGUUCACCGGUCCGAACGGAUAAUUACUAGAUCAGUGUUAAGGAUAAAAUAAAAGUUUGAAAAUAAGAAUUAAAAAAAAUGAGACGUGUCUUGUAAUGUAGGAGAACGACAAAAGAACGUGAUGUGAAUCUUCAACUUUUCAUUAGAUACAUGUCCCCUCGCUUCUUAUCCUCACUCAACCUCACUCAUUAAAUAAACACUCUUCUCCUCGAAGCUCAGAGAAACGCAUAAAGAGGUAGCGAUGAAGACGGUAUCGGUUGACGAGACCAAAAACACGGUGGUGCUACGAGCUGAGCACCGGGACGACGAAGGUCGGAAAGCUGUCGAUAAACUCGAGUUAAAGGCUCGAAACCCCGACACGAUCAAGCAAGUCGAGAAGAAGCUGAUGGAGAAAGGCGUCCAACGGAUGGAGAGGCACCCUUCCGACGGGACUCAGAUCAAACGUCCGCCGCCGAAGUCAGGUCGCGGCGGGAAGUACACGUGGGAGGGGUCUGAUCGGAUGGAGGAUUACGAGAUGCAGCCGGAUCCGCCGGCGAUGGACGAAGGCGAUCCUAACUACGACGAGGAGAAGAUCGGCGGUGGUGGUGGUGGUGAUGACGUGGCGGUGGUGGUGGUGAAAGGAGAGGUUGAGGUGGCGAAUGAAGCGCCGGGAGGUGUGGCUAGGGUGGAGGUUGAUCCUCGCUUGUUCAGUACUCCUUGAGUUGCUAGGACAAGGGAGAAAGUGUUGGGGCAGAUGUGAGAAGGGAGUGAAACUUUGGGGGUUCGAGUUGUGACGUUUUAAUGUUCUAUUGACGUGUUGGAACGCUAUUUGUAUAAAGUAAUAAUAUACUGCAUUGAAAUGUCUCACUUGGUUUCUUCAUCUCGCAGUCACUUAAUAUGACUUAAUUAUUAGUUGCUGUCGGCCACUUCUGCGGUGUCAUUAAUAUAAAUAUUGUAAGGUGUCGA